AUGAGUUUCCUUAACAAAGUUGUUAUUGUCACUGGUGCCAGUUCUGGUAUAGGUGCCGCUACUUCAAUCCUAUUUGCCAAGGAAGGUGCUAAAGUCGCCAUGGUUGGUAGAAAUGAAGAAAAACUGAAGAAAGUUGCACAAAAAUGUCCCACGAAACCUCUGGUGAUAAAAGCCGAUAUAUCCAACGACAACGAAGUAAGAAGUCUGAUAAAGGACACUAUAGAUACGUUUGGAAACCUAGACGUCCUAGUGAACAAUGCUGGGAUAGGUCGAUACGCUAGUAUUCUAGAUGAAAAUCUUAUGAACUGUUACGACGAAAUAAUGCGUACAAAUCUACGCGCACAGGUAUACGCGACGCAUCUUGCGGUACCUUACUUGAUCAAAAGUGGAGGCAAUAUAGUAAACGUAUCAAGUUCGGGUGGCUCUUCUCUACCAGCGAUACCAUGUAUAUUGUCGUACCUAAUUUCAAAGGCUGGCGUCGAUCAUUUUACCCGAGCAGCUGCUUUGGAACUAGCGCCAACUGGUGUACGAGUGAACUCAGUUAGCCCAGGCCCUGUUAGGACUGACAUGAUGGAAAACUCUGGAGUCAAAGCAUCAUGGGAUGACGCCAUACCUUUAACGGUGCUCAAUAAAGUUGCAGAACCGGAAGAAAUAGCUGAACUUAUAAUGUAUCUGGCGAGUGAGAAAGCGAAAAGUAUAACGGGUUCUAAUUACGUUUGUGAUAAUGGAGCGAAACUAAAAUGCUGA